AUGGCUCCAGAUGUAGAUUUCAUCACAUUUCCCGCCCCGUCCCCUUCCCAGACCUACGUGACAAUCUCAGCACUAGAGGGAGGCCAUCUCACCCUCCCUGAGCAUCUCUUCGUCACUGAUGCAGAUCCAGAGAAAAGAGCCACAGUACCAAGUCUCUCUUUCCUCAUACAACGCCAGUCCGCCUCCAAGACUUCCAAACUCGUCUUCGACCUCGGUCUAAAGCGAGAUUUCAAGGGCUACCGUGACGCCCAACAACACCACAUUGCGCAGCGUCAGCCGACCAUCGUAUCUCCAGAUGUGGCAGACAGUCUGCGAAAAGGUGGUUCCGGGCCCGAAGAUAUCGACACUGUGAUAUUAUCUCACGUCCAUUGGGAUCACGUAGGUACGCCUUCCGACUUCCCAAACGCAGAGUUCGUCGUAGGAAGCGGUACCAUCCAUCUGCUACAAAACGGCGGCGGUCCUUUGUAUCCAGCGGAAAUCUUCAACCCGCACGAGCUGCCUGUAGACCGAACCCGCGAGCUCCCACCCGUCCGACAAGAAGACGUAGCGAAGGGAUUCGUCUCGCAGACUAAGCACGAGUGGAGACCUCUAGGCGAGUUCCCUGCAGUUGUGGAUUUCUAUGGCGAUGGUUCGGUGUACAUCGUCGAUGCGCCAGGUCACCUGUUCGGCCAUGUGAAUAUUUUGGCGCGCACGGGACCGAAGAAGUGGGUGUACCUUGGUGGCGACUGUUGUCACGACCCAAGGAUCUUGACUGGGGAUAAGGGAAUUGCGUUGUACGAUGAUGGAAAGGGUGGAGUGAGAAGUGUACAUGCUGAUACUGGUGUCGCUGAAACGACGGUGAAAAGGAUUGCAAAGUUACUCAAGGCUGGGAAGGUGAGGGAAGAAGGUAAUGGUGAGGUCGACGUCGAGGUUGUGGUCGCGCAUGAUAAGGAGUGGAGGGAGAGGAACUCUGAUCGGUUUUACCCUGGACAUCUUUGA